AUUGGUUAAUUGAACAAAUCUUAUUUUUGGUAUUAGUCUGUUUUCUGUAGGUACAGUCUAUAAAUGAUGUAACACAUGUUUUUGUGUACUCUAUUUAUAUCAAAUUAUGUACCAAUGGAACAAUUGUAAUCAAUUUAUGAUAAGAUAAUUUGAAACAGCGCUGAACGAAAUACCGCAAAUAUUCUCACUUGACCAAUCAAAGAACGUCUUACUAAUUUCAUUACGGAAGUAGAAUCUAGUUACAAGAAAGCCAAGCAUGUCAUCAAACAACCAAGGGCCUGGCCCUGGUGGACCUGGUGGGCCUGGUGGCCCAGGGGGACCUCCUCCGAUGAUGGGAGGGAAUAGACCUCCUGGAAUGCCUCCUUAUGGGAUGAACCCUAACCAAGGCCCCCCUCAAGGAAACUGGGGACCACCCCCAGGAAUGGGAGGACCAGGGAACAUGCCCCCUAGGAAUAUGCCCCCGCCAGGAUUCAUGCCCCCACCUGGUAUGCCACCCCCUGGGAUGGGGAUGAAUAUGCCCCCGGGUGGAAUGCCACCAUAUCAAGGUCCACCUGGAGGGAAUAUGAACAAUCAGAUGGGGGGACCAGUCAGACCACAGGCACCUGCUACUGACAAACCCGCUGAAAAGAAAACACCUUGGACAGAGCACAAGGCACCAGAUGGAAGGACAUAUUUUUACAAUUCAGUCACAAAAGUCUCAAAGUGGGAGAAACCAGAUGAGAUGAAAUCAGAUUCAGAGGUUGCAGUUCCUAAAUGCCCCUGGAAGGAACACAAAAGCGACACUGGGAAGGUCUACUACCACAACCAUGUCACUAAAGAGUCUAGGUGGACCAAACCUAAAGAACUAGAGGAUUUUGAAGCAGGUAAAACAGGAAGUGAGGUUAAGAAAGUUGAGCCAUCCACUGCAGGAGGGACAGCUCUCCCUAAACAAUCCUCUAAACCAUCAGAUGCCAUCCAAGCCGCAAUGGCAGCCACUCUAGCCUCGAUCUCACUCCCCCCUCCACCAACCAAAGCUGAGGUAAAAGUGGAAAGUUCAGAAGAAAGCUCAAGUGAGGAAGAAGAACCGCCACCUAAGAAGGAAUAUGUUUACAAGAACAAGAAGGAAGCAAUAGAGGGCUUCAAGUCUCUCUUAAGAGAUAAGGGUGUCACAAGCAACACAACAUGGGAAAAUGCCAUGAAACUGAUCAUCAACGACCCACGUUAUGGUGCCCUGAAACAUCUUAAUGAGAAGAAACAAGCAUUCAAUGCAUAUAAAACACAAAAAGCCAAGGAGGAAAAGGAAGAGAAUAGGUUGAAGGCAAAGAAAGCUAAAGAGACACUUGAGGAAUACCUUCUUAAUCAUGAUAAAAUGAAUUCAACAGUAAAAUACAGGAAAGCCGAACAGAUAUUUGCUGAUGAUGCAGAAUGGCAAGAAGUUCCUGAUAGAGAUCGCAGAGACCUCUAUGAGGAUGUCGUCCACCUCUUAGCAAAGCGUGAGAAGGAGGAAACCAAAGCAUUAAGAAAGCGCAACAUCAAGGUGUUCAAUGAAAUAUUAGACAAUAUGGCUAACUUGACGUUUAAAACCACAUGGUCUGAGGCUCAGCAGAUGUUAUUGGACAACCCUCGUUUCACAGAAGAUCCUGACCUACCAAACAUGGACAAAGAAGAUGCUUUGAUUUGCUUUGAGGAGCACAUACGUAUGUUGGAACAGGAAUGUGACGAUGAGAAAGAGCGUGAAAGACGUCGCUUAAAACGUCAGCAGCGUAAGAAUCGUGAGGGUUUCCUCGUAUUACUAGAUGAGUUACAUGACCAGGGAAAAUUACAUUCCAUGUCUCUGUGGAUGGACCUCUACUAUACUGUCAGCCAAGAUGUCAGGUUUCACAAUAUGCUGGGACAACCAGGUUCAACACCCUUGGACCUUUUCAAGUUCUAUGUUGAGGAUCUCAAAGCACGAUUCCAUGAUGAGAAGAAAAUGGUGAAAGAAAUCCUGAAGGACAAAGGCUUCCUGAUAGACGUGAACACUCAGUUUGAAGAGUUUGCUGGUGUUAUUAGCACAGACAAGAGAGCCACUGGUCUGGAUGCUGGCAAUAUAAAACUAACAUUCAACAGUUUGAUAGAGAAGGCCGAGGCUAGGGAAAAGGAACAAAUCAAAGAAGAAGUGAGAAAGCUAAAAAAAUUGGAGAGUGCAUUCAAAAACAUGUUGAAGUCUGCAGAGCCACCACUAGAGGUCGCUUCUAACUGGGAAGAUGUCAGGGAACGCUUUGAGAAAGAUCCCGCAUUUGAAGCUAUUGCGAUUGAAUCUGAAAGAUUACGAUUAUUUAGAGAAUUUACAGUAUUGCUUGCUGAGGGUUGCAUUCACAGGCAUAGCAAGACAUCAACAUCUUUUAAGAAGAAAAAACAUAAAAAGCGUAGAUCUCGUUCCCGCUCACAUUCUGACUCAGAUGAGGGCCAAGAGAGGGAGAGAGAAAAACACAAGAAAAAGAAGAGAGUCUCAAGGUCCCCCAGCCCUUCACUCUCAGAAGGGGAACACGAGAGACCAAAGAAACAUAAAAAGUCCAAGAAGAAGAAGAAAAAGAGGGAUUCAAGAACACCUUCUCCAUCCAACUCAGAAGAUGAAGGGAGGGAAAAAUCCAGAAAAUCCAGCAGAAAACACAGGGAUGAUGAUAAGAAAAAGUAUGAGUCAUCAGAGAGUGAGGGACAGAUCGAGGGCAGUGAAGAUGAGCUAGAGAACAGACGUCGAGAACUUCUGAAGCAACUAGAGGCUGGUGACUAGACUUUGCAAAGUUCAGAAGCUUAAAAUAUGUAAUGAGCUGAAGCUCACAAAACAGUGUUUGGAGACAUGCAUGAGGAAUUUAAAGACAAAGGACGAAAUCUAGCAUUUCAUAUUUGGAUGAAUAGAAUUCAUACCUGAUAUUAAAAUAUAUUCAUAUUGUGACAAAUGACAACCUUGUUAAAUCAGAUAGUGUUGAGAUUUCAGUUUCUGAAUGAAGACUU